UCUUCUCACAGCCAGAGUGAAGUCUUCUGUCAGGCCCUCAGUUCUGUGACAUUACUGCACACAUGUCCAAUCACAUCACCAUCGCACAUCACAGAGAACACAUACCUAGCAACAGCGCGGAGAAAAGUAACUGGACCAAACGGCAGUCGGUCAGCUGGUUAGCCGAACAGGUUAGCGACUUUAACCCACUGAAAACACUGAUGAAAUGUAGCGCAGCAUAAUGAAGAUGGGACAGGAUGGGGAAUGUAGCGCAGCAUAAUGAAGAUGGGACAGGAUGGGGAAUGUAGCGCAGCAUAAUGAAGAUGGGACAGGAUGGGGAAUCAGUCACAGGCUCACGUGACCACGGGGGUGUGGAAUGCUUUCGUUUCCCAGACAGCGCGCACAAACAGAUACUCGGGAACGCCGUCACCUGUGGUGGCAGGAAUCUGGCUCGGCCGGAUCGUCCGCCGCGACGUUCCACGAAAAACAGGCACGGCUCAUCCUCGCUCUGCGUCACAGCGCCCGGCCCGAUCCGGCCAUUUCACUCUCUCAGGCAGAGGAGACAGGCGGCUGCUCCCUCGUUCUCUCUCUCUCUCUCUCUCUCUCAGGGAAGGCCGAAAAAGAAAUGGGCCGCAUCGGCAAGGAGGUGACGGGGCAGGUGUUCUGCUUCAUCGGCUUCAUCGGGGUGUCGCUGACCUGCGGCAUCCCCAUGUGGCGCGUGACCUCCUACAUCGGCGCCAACAUCGUGACGGGCCAGAUCGUGUGGGACGGGCUGUGGAUGAACUGCGUGAUGCAGAGCACGGGCCAGAUGCAGUGCUCGAUCCACCAGUUCCUGCUGCGGCUGUCCCAGGACCUGCAGGCGGCCCGCGCGCUGGUGGUCAGCUCCGUGGUGGUGGCCGUCAUCGGCAUCGCCCUCUCCUUCGUCGGCGGCAAGUGCACCAGCUGCCUGUCCAAAGAGGCGUCCCAGGCCAAGGUGGUCAUCCUGGGCGGGGCCAUCUGCAUCGUGGCGGGCGUGCUCUGCCUGAUCCCCGUCUGCUGGUCCGCGGCCUACACCAUCUCGGACUUCGAGAGCCCCGCCACCAUCGAGACGCAGAAGCGGGAGCUGGGCGCCAGCAUCUACAUCGGCUGGGGCUCCGCCCUGCUGCUCAUCGUCGGCGGCUCCAUCCUCUGCACCUCCUGCCCGCCCGACAGCAGGAGGUACGGGUACUACCCGGGGCAGUACCCGUACCCGGGAACCACCAUGACGCCGGGGCCCUACGUGCCCGUCAGCUACGCCCCGACCAAGUACCCGCCGCCCAACUACGCUCAGCCGGGCUACGCCGCGCCCACCUACGCCCCGCCCGGCCGCGUCGCGCCCACCUACGCCCCGCCCGGCCGCGCGCCGACCAUCAGGAGCCAGUACGCCCCCUCGGGGUACCUGUGAGAACCCGCUCGAACCUCCUCAGAUAGGCGCCGGCGUCUCUCCCCCCCGCUUAAAAAGACUGAGGGGGAAAGGUCCGUGGAACAGCGACCGGACUCUCUCUCCCUCUCCC